AUGUCAAAAAUUCCUAAAUUACCUACCACUACAAAAGAAAAUAGGCCUGGUCCUUUAAAUAGUAGACCUUUUUCUAGGACAUUAGCUAAUGGACUUAGUGAUGCUGACAAAAAGAGUCUUCUUUUAAAUCACACAAGGCCCCUGCGAAGUGGGGCAGUCACAACAGUACCCGCACCACGUUUAAAAAGAGCUGCCACAGCUCCUUCAGCCACAAUAGUGCCUGAAAAAUCUGCUAAAAUCGACAAAAAGCCUGGGAGUGUAGCUCCAAAGAUUCCACCUUAUGACUACAAAGCAAGAUUUAAUGACUUACUUGAAAAACAUAAAGCAAUUAAAUCAGAAUUUAAUGAUUUGAAAGACAGACAUGUUGAAAUAUCUGAUGACUAUGAAAAAAUCAAAGAAACGGUCCAGACUAGUGCUACCGAGAAAGACAUUUUAAAGGAAAAAUUACUAAAUGUUCAUAAAGAUUUUAAAGAGAAGACUUCAGAACUUCAAAGUCUGAAAAUAGAUUUUGAAUUAACAAAGCAUGAAAAUGAAGAACUUCAACGUAAAACCAAAGUAUUAGACGAGGUUACGAGUAGCCUAAAGCAAAAGUCAUUGGAUUUGGACAAGAUCCAGUCUGAGUUUGAUGAUUUGUCUAGGCGUCAUAAAAGCCUGCAAGAAGAGGCAGAAGCCCUAAGGUUGCUUUCAGAACAUUUGAAAAAAGUGUCAAUUGAAUAUGAUAAACUACGGCUUGACUAUAAAGAAGCACAAGAAGGUAUAACUAAAUAUAAAAGUGAGUAUGAGGCAUUACAAAAUAUAUUGGCUGGUAUGUAUAAAGACCAAAGGGACUUGAGGAAUACAGUUCAGGAUUUGAAAGGGAAUAUACGAGUUUACUGUAGGGUUAGGCCUCCGCUUGAGUCAGAGGCAUCAAAGCCUUUGUUCAACUUAAAUGUGUUAGAUGCGUGUUCCAUAGAGGUUGAAAAGAUUGAAUUGUUGAGUUCUGCCAGAAAAGGUAAAUCACAACAUUCUUUCACAUUUGAUGGCAUUUUUACACCACAUUCUUCACAAGAAGAUGUUUUUGCCGAAGUGUCAUCUAUGGUACAGUCAGCUUUAGAUGGGUAUAAUGUUUGUAUCUUUGCAUAUGGUCAAACAGGUUCUGGUAAAACAUAUACAAUGGAAGGAGGUUGUGGUAAAGAGAAUUAUGGUAUUGUACCACGUUCAAUUGACAUGAUAUUUAACUGCAUGGAAGACUUGAAAAGAAUGGGCUGGGAAUUAACUAUAAAAGCAACAUUUUUAGAAAUUUACAAUGAAGUCAUAUAUGAUUUGCUGGACUCAAACAAAGAUCAAGAAAGUCAUGAUAUAAAAAUGGUGAAUUCAAAAGGAAAUGAUGUUUAUGUGUCAAAUUUAAGAGAAGAAGAAGUGAAAAGCUCUCAUGACUUCAUCAGAUCUUUAUCUGAACUCUCCAAAGUUAUCCUUUCACUGCAGACAAAUCAAUCUCACAUACCAUAUAGAAAUUCUAAAUUAACCCACCUGUUGAUGCCUAGUCUUGGUGGCAAUUCUAAAACUCUUAUGUUGGUCAAUAUCAACCAAUUUGAUGAGUGUUUCAAUGAGACUUUAAACUCUUUAAGAUUUGCCACUAAAGUAAACAGUUGUCGUACGACAAAAGCUAAGAAAAAUCUUACUAUGGUAGAUACAUUCUAG